AUGGAGGAUACGCCGUCGAAGGAUACACUGUCGGAACUGUACCCACAGUGCGUGUCGCUUAGGAAGGAACUGGAUUCCCUUCUCCGGACAAUAUCGUCCCCGCUAACUCUUCAGGCACCGGUACACCAAGGAUGCCGAUCAUAUGGUGCACCAUCAGGCCGGGAAAACGCAGCAAAGGGCGCAGGAGGACCUUUUGGUGCCUGGGAUGGGCGAGUGAUUGGGAGCUGUAGCGUGGCCAAGCUGCAGCGGUUCUCAGCCCUCACGCGCCAGUUUUGCAUGCUUGUCCUCCGUCUGCAAGAUGCGCUCGCGUCUUCCAAGUCCGGUGGACUGUCACGAAAUAUGUACUCAAUGUGGGAGAGACGGAUUCAAGACAUGGUGGCAGAUGCUGAGAGCUUCAGGAGAGAAGCAGAGGGCCGCAUGAACCUGGAACAACAGCGGGUCCAGGAGGCGAUGCGCGACCGGAAAGCACUACUUGGUGAUGCUGACAGCAGUAAGAGGUGGGGGGACGUGCGCAACGCCGAGCUUAUGUACGCUAGGGAAAGGGACCGCCUACAGGAAUCUCGCACAGUGCUGGACUCGGUGUUAUCUCAAGGUUGGGGGGUUGUUGGGCAGCUCGUCUCUCAGAACGCUUCACUCAAAAGCGCGCGGCGAAAGGUGCUUGAUAUGGCCAGUAGUGCGGGCGUUGCUUCCACCUUACUGGGAGCAGUUGGGCGAAGGCAGCAAGGAGACAAAUGGCUAGUGUAUGGUGGAAUGGUUCUAACCCUCGUCUUUUUUUUCGUAGUGUACAGACUAGUCCACCAUGGCAGCAUAUUCGGCUCUGCCAGCAUGGCUGAAGCGGAGAAUGAGGCUACUUUUAGUUAA